AUGUCUCGCGGUGGCGGCACAACUCUCUACGUGACAGGCUUUGGGCCUGGCACACGCGCACGCGACCUUGCCUACGAAUUCGAGCGGUAUGGGCGUCUCGUCCGCUGCGACAUCCCUGCUCCGCGUACUGCCACAAGCAGACUCUUUGCAUUUGUCGAGUAUGAAAGCCGUCGCGAUUCUGAUGAUGCCUAUCACGAGAUGCAUAACAUGCGACUGAACCGUGACGAGACUCUCAAGAUCGAGUGGGCACGUACGCCACCAUCAGCCAGCUGGCGUUUCGAUCAAGGAGCCUCACGUCCACGUGAAGCGCGCCGUGAGCGCUCGCCACGUCCACGUUCCCGUAGUCCGCCGCGCCGUCGCCACGAUGACGAAGACGACCGCCGCAACGACCGCGAUCGUGACUAUGAUCGCCCGCCCAGACGCGAUAGGGACCGCGAUGAGGACCGUGAUCGCGAUCGCGACCGUGACAUGAAGGAUCGUGACCGUGAUCGCGAUGAUGAGGAUCGUGACCACGACCGCGAUGGCGGAAGGGAUCGUGAGAGGGAGUAUGAGCGCGAGAACGGCGCGAAUGGAGAUGAUCGUAAGGUGGACCGCGAGGAAGUGCCAGCAGCUCACGAUGACCUCGACACGGCUGAGUAG